AUGGCCUUCUCCUCUUCUCACGCCGGCAACUCCAACGUCCGUCGUGGAAUCGGCGGCGGUUGGACCCGCUCUCUCCUCCCAUUCACAUCAUCAACCACCAAAUCCGGUAAACACAUUCGUAAAUCUCGCAAACGCGCUGCCGUCAAAGACUUCUUAUUCGCCAAUUUCUUUACCAUCGGACUCGCCGUAUCUAUCUUCUUCUUUUUUUUCGUUGUUUACCUUUACGGCGUUCCGAAACCUAUCUCCUCGCAAUUUCGUAUCGGCAAUUCGCGUGCCUUUAGGGUACGUAAGCCAGUUUAUCGGAAAUCCAAAUCUUCUUCGUCCGGGCAUGUAUCGUCGAAUCACUCUAAUCUAUCUUUAGGAGCUGCUUCUGUUGAUUUGACCACCAAGGAUUUGUAUGAUAAGAUCGAAUUCAAGGACGAAGAUGGUGGACCCUGGACGCAGGGGUGGAGGCUUACUGUUGAUGAGUACUAUGAUCGCCAGUCUAGACAUAUUCUCGACACAAUUAUCGAAACUCUUUCUAAGGAUGAACGGAGGAAGUUUAUCUGGGAAGAGAUGUCCUACCUAGAGAGAUGGUGGAGGGAUGCAUCAGAUGCUAAAAGAGAAUCUUUGAUCAAGUUACUGCAAAAUGGGCAGUUAGAAAUUGUUGGAGGAGGUUGGGUGAUGAAUGAUGAGGCCAAUUCACAUUAUUUUGCCAUCAUCGAACAGAUGAUGGAGGGAAACAUGUGGUUAAAUGAAACUGUUGGCAUAAUCCCAAAAAAUGCAUGGGCAAUCGAUCCAUUCGGCUAUUCAUCCACCAUGGCAUACCUUCUUCGGCGUAUGGGCUUUGAAAACAUGCUUAUACAAAGAACUCAUUAUGAACUCAAAAAAGAACUGGCUUUACAUAAAAAUCUUGAAUACAUAUGGAGACAGAAUUGGGACACAGAUGAAACAACCGAUAUUUUUGUCCACAUGAUGCCCUUUUACUCCUAUGAUGUCCCACACACUUGCGGGCCCGAGCCCGCAAUAUGUUGCCAGUUUGACUUUGCAAGAAUGCACGGGUUCAUGUACGAGCGAUGCCCCUGGGGGAAACAUCCGGAAGAAACAACCCAAGAAAACAUGAAGGAAAGAGCCCUUACACUUCUUGACCAAUACAAGAAAAAGUCAACUCUCUACCGGACAAAUACCCUUCUUGUCCCUCUCGGAGACGAUUUCCGCUACAAUCAGCAUUGA